AUGCACUCGGCUGACCAUGCACUCAUAAGAAGCACCAGGGAGGACAUACUGAGCACAGAACGACCAUUGUUCAUACUAACACUCUCACGGGCAAUCAUUGUCUCAGAGACUUUUGUCAUCUCGCUCGCCGGCUUCUCCCAGCGUCAAUGGGUAUGGACCUUGGAGCUGCAUCCCAUCCGCAUUGAGAACGCCGUCCGCGUGUUCUCCCACUCUGGUCAGCCUAGGAGCCUUCCUCGACGUAAUCAUGCAGACCCUUUCAAUCGAUGUUGUUCUAUGUAA